AUGAGUAUGGAAGACUAUGACUACCUGUUCAAAAUAGUUCUUAUUGGAAAUGCAGGAGUUGGGAAAACCUGCCUUGUCCGACGCUUCACUCAGGGCCUUUUCCCACCUGGACAGGGGGCUACUAUUGGAGUAGAUUUCAUGAUCAAAACUGUUGAAAUCAAAGGACAGAAGGUUAAGCUACAAAUAUGGGACACCGCUGGGCAAGAGAGAUUUCGUUCUAUAACUCAGAGCUAUUACCGCAGUGCCAAUGCUCUUAUUCUUACAUAUGACAUUACCUGUGAGGACUCCUUCAGGUGCCUUCCCGAGUGGCUGAGGGAGAUUGAACAGUAUGCCAACAACCAAGUUGUGACUAUAUUAGUCGGUAAUAAAAUAGACCUGGCAGACAAGAGAGAGGUGCUCCGGCAGAGAGCGGAAGAAUUUGCCGAGGCUCAGAGCAUGCUCUAUCUGGAGACGUCCGCCAAAGAGUCUGAUAAUGUUGAAAAACUGUUCCUUGACUUGGCCUGUGAGCUCAUCCGAGAGGCCAAACAAAACAAGCUGGACAACAAUGAUACUGCCCCGAUGCCUGCAGACAGCAGAUGGCUGAGCCUUUAUGCCUCCGUCCCUCUCUGGUGA